AUGGAUAUAGUUCAGUUAAAAGAUGUAAAAACAAUUCAAGAUAUUAUUCAUGUUUAUCCAGAUAAAAUAAAGAAUGAAUCAAUUCCAUUAAUUAUUGACAAUGGUUCAUACAAUUGCCGGGUUGGUUGGGCAAUAGAAAAUGAGCCUCAAUUGAUAUUCAAAAAUUUAAUCGCCAAACCACGUAAAGAACGUGGUAAAAAAGACGGAGAAGUACAGGUGGGUAAUGACAUAACAAAUAUCGAGUCAGUGCGUUUUCAAUUGAAAACCCAGUUUGAUCGUAAUAUUGUAACGCAUUUGGAAGCUCAAGAACAAAUAUUUGAUUACACUUUCACUCAUAUGGGCAUUGAUACUGAAGGCUGCGUUAAUCAUCCUAUUUUACUUUUUGAAUGCUACAGUGUUCCAUCAAUAGCUUACGGUAUCGACUGUCUUUUUUCAUAUCAACAUAACAAUUGUCCUCCUGAUGGGCUCAUUAUUAAUGUCGGGUAUCAUACAACACAUGUGAUACCUAUCAUCGAUGGUAAAGUUGAUACUGUAAAUUCACGUAGAAUAAAUGUUGGAGGGUUUCAUGUUAUAUCAUACAUGCACAGAUUAUUACAACUUAAAUAUCCUGUUCAUGUUAAUGCUAUUACACCUAGUAGGUCUGAAGAAAUAGUACAUGAAUACUCAAGCAUUGCACUUGAUUAUCAAGAUGAAAUAACAAAAUGGUCAGACCCAGAUCACUAUGACGCAAAUGUGUUAAGAAUACAAUUGCCGUACGUAGCGCCAGCAACAACACCUGGUUUGACAGCAGAGCAGCAAAAAGAGCGAAAACGGGAAUUGGCACGUCGUUUGAUGGAGAUGAAUGCUCGCAAACGAGAAGAAAGACUAGCUGAAGAUGAAGAGCAGCUCAAUCAAUUGCUGGCGAUUCAAGAUUUAGUGGAAGAAGGCGAGCUCGAGGAAUUUCAACAGGCUAUUAAAUCAUUUAAUUUAACAAACGAGGCUGAGUUAACUAAAAUGAUUAAUAAUUUGCAAGCCAAAGUUGAAAAAACUAGACAAAAAAUAGUCGCUGCUAACUCUCAAGAAGAUAAUGUUGGUACUGAAGAACAAAAACCUAAAAUAAAACCCAGUUUUCAGCCAAAAGAUCAAGCUGAGUUUGACGAAUGGAUAUCUAGUUUAAGGAAAAGACGACAAGAAAUAUUAGAUAAAAAAUCAGCCAAGCGGCAACGUAGGCAAGACAUGGCUAAACGUAGAACAGCUGCUGCACAAGAGAGAAUGCGUAUAAUAAGUCAGUUAGCGAGGAAAGAAAAACGUGACGACGAUUUUGGAAUGAGAGACGAAGACUGGGACGUGUAUAAAGCUAUUAAUAGAGAAGGUGGCGAUUCAGAUUCCGAGUUGGAGCAGGAACGGCUCCUGGAAGUUGAAGAAAUUUUACGUCAACACGAUCCCGAGUUUGACGGUCCAGGUUCUAACACACCGGUGAUACCUGGAGAAACUCAUCAGUUGCACGUUGGAUUGGAGCGCAUACGCGCAACAGAAGUGCUUUUUCAACCUUCGAUGAUCGGAUUGCUAGAAGCUGGUAUUCCCGAGACGAUAGACUUUGUGUUGAAGCUUUAUUCACCAGAAGUACAAUCACUGCUUGUGUGCAAUGUAUUUUUAACUGGCGGAACCGCCAAAUUUCCGGGUUUGCUCGGACGUUUAAAUCGCGAGUUGCAGGAGAUAAGGCCAUUUAAGUCGGAUUUUAAAAUUAGUAUAGCUAAAAAUCCGAGUCUCGACAGUUGGUACGGAGCACGUGACUUUGGUAUUAAUGAUAAUUUACCCGAAUUUUUGGUAACGCGUCAAGAGUACGACGAAAAGGGCGGUGAAUAUUUAAAAGAACACUCGGCGAGUAAUAUUUACACAAAAUCACCAGAUCCGUUGCCGCUCGUACAACCAAUUCUUGUUUCUGAACAAAUGGUAGUCGAGGAUGCUGCUGUCAACAUCGAGAUUGAAUAA